ACGAUGAAGGUGAAGUGGAACAUGCUGGGCAUGGUUGUCUUCUUCCUGCUGUCUGUGGUGAUGACCUGCUGCUUCAUAUGGCAGUACAGGAUGCCAAAGCUCAAGACAGAAGUAGUUGUGGAGCGACAGGCAGCAGAGGAGAUGUGCCCUCUGUUCCCCGACCCCGUGCCCCUCAAACACCCCAUCACGUCUCUGAGGGUGGCCUUAGAAAGGAUAGACGUACUGAUGAGGUCGAGCCUUCACACCGACAGGCUGCCGGCCAUAUCAGCCAUCGUGGUUCUGAACGACUCGGUUCUGUGGAACGGAAACUUUGGCAAGAAGAACAUCAGUGACCCGUCCUCACCGGAACCUAACGAGUACACCGUGUACAGAAUUGCGAGCCUCUCAAAGAUUUUCCCCACACUGAUGCUGUACAAGCUGUGGGAGGACGGCCUGGUGGGCUCUCUGGACGACCCUCUGGAGAAGUACGCCGAUAACUUCACCAUAAAGGACCCGCUGUGGAGGACUGGGGGCCCAGCAGGGUCCCCAGCCAGGACCCUCGGCAGCCGGGCCCCGGCCCUCACGCUGCGCAGGAUGGCCAGCCAGCUCUCUGGGUUACCCAGAAGAUUAAGGUCCACUAAUCUCCUCUGGAGUGGAGACACAGAAGCAGCCCUUCAUUUGUUAAAGGACGAUGUCCUGGUGGCAGAUCCCGGCAGCAAAUGCCACUACAGCAAUGUUGCUUUUUCCUUAUUGGCCAACAUUUUGGCCCAGAAGGUGACAGGCUCAGACUUUGAGAGUUGGGUAUCUGAGAACAUCCUGGAGCGGCUCAGCAUGGAGGACACGGGUUUCAACAUUAGUCCGGCCGUUCGGAGGCGGAUGGCGGUGGGCGUGUACAGCAACGGCCAGCCGGCUCCGCUCUACGACCUGGGCUGGUACAGACCUGCAGGCCAGAUGUACUCCACAGCAGCUGACAUGGCCAAGCUCAUGAUGACUCUUCUGGGAGCGUACGGUGGGACCCUGCUCCGCCAGGACACCCUGAACACCAUGCUGACCCCGGUGUUACGCUGCCACAGCGGCUACUUUGCCAACUCCACCGGGACGCCGUGGGAGGUCAACGAGCAGGACGGCUACGACGUGGUGAGGAAGGACGGAGACCUGGACGGGUACGCGGCCACCCUCUCCCUGGUGCCUCGACUCAAACUGGGCCUGGUGGUCCUGAUGGCGGGGGUCCGGCCUACAGAUCGGGACCUUGUGCGGCAGGCCUACAGCUAUCUCAUCCCUGCACUGAAGAGAGCGUUCAGGGAAGCUCAACGAACUCUCAGACCGCCGCCGAGCCCAGCUCCAUAUGUUGGCUUCUUCACCUACAGGAAUAUGACUUUCUAUGAGAUCAAGGUGGACUCAGAUGGGGUUCUGGUCAUGCAGCAGUUUGGACCACAGGUGGACGCGACUGUGCCGUCCAAAUACCGAACUAUCCGGCUGGAUUACCUGCAGGACAGAGUGUUCCGGGUGGUGUUUGAGAGCCCGUACCCUUGCAAGCUGAAGGUGAACAGUGCUUCUGUCUCCCUGGAGGCACAAGACAGACAGCUCUUCAACUUUUACCUCUUCAACAAGAAAGGUGUUUCUCCAGGGUUUGAUUCUCCAGGACUCAACACUUACAGGGUGACCAGGAUAGCUGGCAGGCCGUACUUCACUGUAUAAAGGAGCAUUCAACUCAGGUAGAACUGAUGCAGUAGCAAAAAUAUGGCAGUUUUCAUAUGACACUGUCCUGCUGCAGUGGACGUGAUUCAUUCAGUAUUCUAAUAUUAUUUAUUUAAUACUCUGUUUAUAAUAUCAAUUAUAUCAUUUCGUUUUCCUUGAACUAGCACAAGCAAAGCAAAACUGGUGACAUUAGACAUGUUCGCUUACCACAAUGUUGCAGUUUUCCUCUUUAACCUUUAAGUGCCUACAGUGUGACCCAGAAAGAGAAAGAAGUGGUCACGAAAUGUCAAGUGGUCACGU